AUGUUGUGGCGCGCCUUGACUAACUGCCUUCCAACCUAUCUCAAUCUUGUUACUAAACAUGUAGAUGUGUCUGUCCUUUGCCCCAUGUGUGAAACACAUCCCGAAAACACUUCUCAUGCCUUGAUUGAGUGUGCUCUGACUACUUCCUGCUGGCAUUUUCUUGGGGUUCAUUGCCCGUAUCCCCCUGGCACUUUUGCCUCUUGGCUUGAACACAUAUUUUCUUCUUCUGCGACCGAAGAUAUGUGUAAAAUUGCUAUGGUUUGUUGGGCACUGUGGAAUGCGCGGAAUAAAAAAGUGUGGAAGAAACAAUCUUCCUCUCUGAAUGAGGUGAUAGGAAUGAGCGCGCUUUGGGUCAAACCGGUGUUGGAAACCAUCAAGAUUAAUGUUGAUGCAGCUUCAUUUGAGCAGGAAAAUUCUUAUGGUUACGGGAUGGCCGCCCGUGACCAGCUUGGUUCCCCUCUUCACAUUCAGGCUGAGUAUCAUGGCGGUUACUUUCCAUCUGAAGUGGUUGAAGCAAUGGGUAUCAAAGAAGCACUUAGUUGGAUCAAGGCAAACCAUUGGAAGGGAGUUACGAUCGAGAGUGACAGCAUGCUCGCCGUUCAGGCUAUUCAUUCUACUCAGUGA